UAUUUGUACGUGGCAUCGCCUUAAUGAGAGUCCUGAGUUUUAUUGUGCCCCUCAUCACACCGAAUACCCCUAACUAUUAUAAACCCUAAACCCCUCAAUCCGCCGCUUCUCUAAUCCUCGAGUUCUCUUCUCUCCAAUUCGCUUUUCUGUUACCGGGAAAUCUUUCCGAUUCUAGGGUUUUGGAGCAACCAUGAGGAAGCUCAAGUACCAUGAGAAGAAGCUGUUGAAGAAAGUCGACUUCUUGUCAUGGAAGAGAGAAGGAGGUCACAGAGAGGCCACGGUUAUGCAACGUUACUACGUCACGGGCCGCGACGAUUACAAAAAGUAUUCGAGUGUGUGCAGGACUACUCAGAAGAUGGUGAACAUGUUGAAACAGAUGAACCCGAACGACCCGAGUCGGAUUGAAUUGACUGAUAAGCUUUUGGAAAAACUGUACAAUAUUGGUGUGAUACCGACCAGGCAGAGCUUGAAAGAGUGUGAAAAAUUGUCGGUGUCAUCCUUCUGCAGACGAAGGCUUUCAACUGUUUUGGUGCGAUUGAAGUUUGCUGAGCACCUGAAGGAGGCUGUCACUUAUAUUGAGCAAGGGCAUAUCAGAGUGGGUCCAGAGACUGUUACUGACCCGGCAUUUCUUGUGACAAGGAAUAUGGAAGACUUCAUUACAUGGGUGGAUUCAUCCAAGAUCAAGAGAAAGGUUAUGCAGUACAAUGACAAGCUAGAUGAUUAUGAUAUAAUGAACUGAGGAGAUCACUGAUAGUGGAAACUUGUGGUUCCCAUAUGGCCCCCUUUUGUUGGUACACGAAAAGAAAGAAAUUCUUAUGUACUGUCACUUUAUCCUCGCCUUUUAUUGAAUGGAGUAACUUUUUUUUUUCUCCUGACAUUUGGAGAACUCAA